CUUGAGAACUGAGAAGCUAAGUAGCGUGCGGCGCACACGUGGUCUGAAGCGCUGGCGAAGAGCAGCCCGCGGACACAAACCGAAACCCGACGGAUAUCAAGGGUGCCAAACUAGUAAUAUGGCGCGGUACGUUGACCAUGCGACCAGUUUAAAGAUGUGAAAAGAGUCGUCGAUUCGAGAGACUUGCAGUAUGAUUGCGGAGGGAGGAUCUUGCCUAGUAUUCAGAAUUACGAUUUGAAGGCCCUGAGAAGACAGGCGCUGGGCAUACCAAUCCACGAAACAUCAUUCGUCGGCGCAAGUCUUGGAACAGCUGAAAUACCACGUCUUGGAAGACUUCCGGUAGCCUAAAGGUUAAUACCAAGUUGUCUAAAAAGCUUGUGCCUUCGGGUCUGGAGCAAUCUUCGAAACUCAUGGCUUUACUAUAUAUUCUCCCAUGUCCUCCAGCAACGUCUUCUCUGGCAUCUCUCUCUUUGCCUGACCUCUCCAGUACUCCUGCAACAUGAAGUCCACCACUGCUACUGCUAUUGUCAUUGCUGCCGCCGCUUCUUCGGCUGCGGCCUACACUGUUCACAACGUCACGGUCGGAGACGCAGGAUUCACCUACGACCCCGACUCCAUCACCGCUGAUGUCGGAGACUAUGUCCGGUUCACAAUCGAGAGUGGAACUCAUGGCAUUGCCCAGUCUACUUACGACGCACCCUGCUCUCCUUACAGCGACAACUCAGAUGAUGGAUCUGAUGGUAUUUACUCGGGACUUAUCACCUACUCUACGAUUUAUGAUGUACCCGAGUAUAUCAUCAAAAUCAAUAACACAGAUCCUAUCUGGUUUUACUGCCCAGAGGCAUACCAUUGCCAGAGCGGUAUGACUGGUGUCAUCAACAUCGGUACAAACCAGAGUCUUGAUACCUACACUUCCCUCGCUGAGACCCAGAGCUCAAACACUCAGCCGAGCGUAGAGGUCGGAAACACUACUCUGCCUGAUUCUUCAAGCUCCUCGUCGGGAUCUUCCUCUGCGGUUUCCUCGAUUACCUCCGCAUCGGCCUCAUCCUCCUCCCCAGUUUCGUCCUCCAAGAUCUCCUCAUCGACCACUUUGAGCACUUCAACUGCUGCCUCUUCCUCUAGCGCUUCUGCCUCUUCUGCUAGCUCUUCCGCCUCUUCUGCUAGCGCUUCCUCGACUUCAGCCUCCUCGACUGCCGCUUCGUCGUCGGCUACCGCUGGUGCCUACACUACUGCUGUCAGUGGAGGCAUGCUCACCGCUGCUGUUGCUGCUGCCGUCUACUUCCUCGGAUUUUAAGCUAGUAUAGAGACGUGAUAUAUAUUGUAUUGUACCAUGGCUGGUAAUCGCCGCGUAACAGACUCGGCAUAAUAUCAAAUACGGCACAAGUGAAAUUAAUAGAUCUCAUUGGCUCAUUGGC